AGUUAGAGCUUGUUGUCCUUUCAUGGCGGCCUCUGCGGCGGAAGAAAGCGGCGUCGACGACUACACCAAAGAUGGAACGGUGGAUCUGAAAGGCAACCCCGUCCUCCGCUCCAAGAGAGGCCGUUGGAAAGCCUGCUCCUUCAUCGUCGUUUAUGAAGUGUUCGAACGGAUGGCGUAUUACGGGAUAUCGACCAAUCUAAUAAUAUUCUUGACGAAGAAGCUGCAUCAAGGCACGGUCGCUUCGGCCAACAAUGUCACCAAUUGGUCUGGAACUGUCUGGAUUAUGCCUAUUUUGGGGGCUUAUGUCGCCGACGCUCAUCUCGGCCGCUACCGGACCUUCCUCAUCGCCUCUGCCAUCUGCCUUACGGGAAUGGGACUUCUAACGUUAGCAGUGUCAUUACCGAGCCUAAAACCACCGCCAUGUUUGGAUGUCAACAAAGGAAACUGUAAGCCAGCCUCUACGUUACAGCUCGCCGUGUUCUUCGGUGCACUCUACAUGUUAGCACUUGGCACUGGAGGGACGAAACCGAACAUAUCGACGAUUGGAGCCGACCAGUUCGACGAGUUUCAUCCAAAAGAGAAGGCGCAGAAGCUGUCCUUCUUCAACUGGUGGAUGUUCAGCAUCUUCUUUGGCACUCUGUUUGCCACCACCAUUCUGGUUUACAUUCAAGACAAUGUGGGGUGGAGCUUGGGUUAUGGCCUUCCCACUAUUGGGCUUGCCAUUUCCAUUCUCAUAUUUGUUGCUGGGACACCAUUUUACAGGCACAAGCUCCCCACUGGCAGCCCCUUCACAAAAAUGGCUAGUGUCAUUGUUGCUGCUGUUAGGAAUUGGAGGCUCCCUCUUCCUAAUGACCCAAAAGAACUCCAUGAACUUGGCUUUGAAGAGUAUGCCAAGCAAGGAGCUUUUAGGAUUGAUUCCACUCCAUCCUUGAGGUUCUUGAACAAGGCGGCUAUAAGAAGAGGGUCAAGUGAUUCAUGGAAGCUAUGCACAGUGACCCAAGUGGAAGAGACAAAGCAGAUGCUGAGAAUGAUCCCAGUUUUGAUAUGCACAUUCAUGCCAAGCACGAUGUUGGCACAAACACACACCCUUUUCAUCAAGCAAGGCACCACUCUGGAUAGAAGCAUUGGCAGCCACUUCCAAAUCCCUCCUGCAAGUUUAGCUGCUUUUGUCACCAUCUCCAUGCUCCUCAGUGUUGUCAUCUACGACAGGUUGUUUGUGAAGAUAAUGCAGAGAAUAACCAAAAAUCCAAGAGGAAUCACACUACUACAAAGAAUGGGAAUUGGAAUGAUUCUCCAUGUUCUAAUAAUGAUAAUAGCAUCUCGUGUGGAAAGGCACAGACUUGAUGUGGCUAGACAAAGUGGGCAGGUGGGAAACGUCUCAGGACAAGCCCUCCCCUUAACCAUCUUCACUCUGCUACCUCAGUUCAUGCUUGUGGGAGUAGCAGAUGCAUUCACAGAGGUAGCAAAGAUUGAGUUCUUCUAUGAUCAAGCACCAGAAAGCAUGAAGAGCUUAGGCACUUCCUAUUCAAUGACUUCCAUUGGAAUUGGAAACUUCCUAAGCAGUUUCCAUCUCUCAACAGUGUCUAGCAUUACACAGAAACAUGGCAAUGGAUGGAUUAAGAACAACCUCAAUGCUUCUCAUCUUGACUAUUACUAUGCGUUCUUGGCAGUUCUUAGUGCUAUCAACUUCUUCCUCUUCCUGCUCAUCUCCAAAUUCUAUGUCUACAAAGCUGAAGUCUCUGGCUCCAUAAAAGCGCUCGCUGACGAACUCAACGACAAGAAAUUGAAGCCGUUCGGUGAAAAACACACUCACACUUAGCUACGUAAGAUAUAAUUGAAUCGAGUCGUUCUACUCGUUCUACUCCCUACUAACCAUCAUUAUGUUUUUUUUUUCAAUGGUUAGUUGUUAAAUUUUUAAUGGUGGUUGGUAGGAAGAUACAAACGAUCUAAUUAUGUAUUUUCUUACAUGAUAUACGAAAUAUAUUUUCUGGGUC